GUGAAACACCAAAAAAAAAUUCACUAUCUCCGCUUAACCACCGUUCCAACUCUGUUAUGGGUUGUUGCGUCAGCUCCGCCACCUCAGACCAGAAAGAUGAUCUCGUCUCCGGCAAGAACACAGCACCGUCUCCAUCUGUUGUCGAGGAAGAGACAGUAGUCAAAGAAGUCUUGUCCGAAACCACAUUGAUAACUUCCUCGAACGACAAUUCCGCAAUUGAGACGACGACGAACAAGAUUCCGGAAGACGAGGAGAAGAAACCCGGAGCUGUCGACGUUGCUCCAGACCCGGUUUUAACAAAACCCGGUUUGGUUGAACCGGAAAAAGGAUCGGAGGUUUCGGAAAUUUGUAGUUUGAGCGAGAGUCUGCUUUCGAUCGUGAAUGGGUACGACGAGGAAGAAGUAAAACAGAUGAAAGCGCAGGGAGUGAGACAGAGAUCUCCGGCGAAAUCUCGGAACCGGGUCAUGGUUAAUUAUCCGACCCGGAGAACCGAUAUGUCUCCCCGUAAGAGAAACAUCGAAGGAGGAGGAGAAGGAACUGGCUCGGUGAGCUCUGGUCAGAGAGAUCCGACUGAAAGGUCCGAGAGGAGGAGGUCCAGGUCGCCGGCAAUGAACAGGUCCGUGAUGAUGGGUCCGACUCGAAAUCCGAACCAUUAUUGCACGGAUAAUGGUGGAGCAAUGAGGAAAAAAGGCCAGUCUCCGGGUCGGGUCAGCUUUGAUCCGAGUAAAAACGGGUCAGAUCAAGACUGUCAUCAUCAUCUGUCGAGUUGCGGUGCGGCAGGGCUGAAUUGCAAUUCUACCUCUAACGACUCGUUUGAGAACCCUCUUGUUUCCUUAGAGUGUUUCAUCUUUCUAUAAAACUAUUACGAAGAACGAGUAUCCCGGGGCCUAAUAAUCUCGAAUUAUCUCCGGUUUAAUCAUAAUAUAUCGUUAAUCUACCUUUGUAUUGGUUUUAUAUUUUUUUG